UUCAUCACAAUAUUCUAAUUUUCUGAGACAGUCCUGUAUAUCACUCUAUCAUAUAUCACUCUAUAUAUCACUCUAUCAUAUAUCACUCUAUCAUAUCAUAUAUCACUCUAUCAUAUCACAUAUCUCUUAUAUUCACUCUAACCCUAUCAUAUCAUAUCAAAUAGCAUAUCUCAUAUCACUCUAUCAUAUCACAUAUAUCAUCACUCUAUCAUAUCUCAUAUAUUCACUCUAUCAUAUCUCAUACAUUCACUCUAUCAUAUCACUCUAUCAUAUCUCAUAUAUUCACUCUCAUAUCACUCUAUCAUAUCUCAUAUAUUCACUCUAUCAUAUCUCAUAUAUUCACUCUAUCAUAUCACUCUAUCAUAUCUCAUAUCUUCACUUAUCCCUGUGAGCUCGUUGAGACGUUUCCACUGCACAAGUUUUAAUAGACAAAGAAAAGAAAAAACAAUGCAGUCUUUCAUAACACAAUUACUUUGCCGGAUGAUUAAAGAUGGUAUCACAUCAUAUGACUAUUAUAUCACACUGCCCCCCCCCCCCCCCGCUAGGAAAUAACACUACGAACCUUAAAAACUAUUGUUUUAUCAUUCGUGCAGAUUGAAUCUCUCUCUCUCUCUCUCUCUCUCUCUUAAUUCCUUUAUAUUGUUGUAUUAUGUGUUUUUCUUUAUUUUCAGUAAUAACAGUUCGGUCUAAUUACACAGAGUCUAUAAAAAAAAUAGUUUUUACAGUGCACGGCCAUUCCUGCACUCUUCCACCAUAACAUUCUAAAUCCCCCAGCAGUGACGUCAUAAUGAUGCAACUUUCUUUCUGAAAGAAGCUUGGACAUCAUUUUGGCCUCGAACGGUUCGGAGCUCUGAUGCCGGCUGAUGAGUGUGUGUGUGCAGCCGGCUGAUGAGUGUGAGUGUGCAGCCGGCUGAUGAGUGUGAGUGUGCAGCCGGCUGAUGAGUGUGUGUGCAGCCGGCUGAUGAGUGUGAGUGUGCAGCCGGCUGAUGAGUGUGAGUGUGCAGCCGGCUGAUGAGUGUGAGUGUGCAGCCGGCUGAUGAGUGUGUGUGUGCAGCCGGCUGAUGAGUGUGAAUGUGCAGCCGGCUGAUGAGUGUGUGUGUGUGCAGCCGGCUGAUGAGUGUGUGUGUGUGCAGCCGGCUGAUGAGUGUGUGUGUGUGCAGCCGGCUGAUGAGUGUGUGUGUGUGUGUGCAGCCGGCUGAUGAAUGUGAGUGUGUGCAGCCGGCUGAUGAGUGUGUGUGUGCAGCCGGCUGAUGAAUGUGAGUGUGUGCAGCCGGCUGAUGAGUGUGUGUGUGUGCAGCCGGCUGAUGAGUGUGAGUGUGCAGCCGGCUGAUGAGUGUGUGUGUGCAGCCGGCUGAUGAGUGUGAGUGUGCAGCCGGCUGAUGAGUGUGUGUGUGUGCAGCCGGCUGAUGAAUGUGAGUGUGCAGCCGGCUGAUGAGUGUGUGUGUGUGCAGCCGGCUGAUGAGUGUGUGUGCAGCCGUGCACGCUGCCAGACACACAGCGCUGACCAGUGAGUCGACAUAAUCACUGACAAUUAUUAUGUUUUAAAAGAUCGUUUUAGUAUUUUCAUUGAAUAUGUUGUGGAUGACACACAGGUCAAUAUCCCCCCCCCCCUGCAGUGGUCUCUAACCUAUGCACGCACACACAUUCACCACGCAGACUCGUCCCCGGUGACGAACCCCGCCCGACGACAUCCCAUAAUCUCUUGUGAUUCGGGUCAAUCUGUCGCUGCGGGGACAGAGUGAGUGAUCCGGCCCCGGGGCCACAGCUGUUUGUCCCCGAUCGAUUGAAUAAACAUUUGUCUUCUGGCGCUCUCGCUCGGGCGUACCUUUUUUUCUUCUUCUUCUUUUGCAUGUAUGCAUACACACACGUACACACACGUACACACACACACACACAUACACACACGUACACACACACACACACAUACACACACGUACACACACACACACACACGUACACACACGUACACACGUACACACACAUACACACACGUACACACACACACAUACACACACGUACACACACACACACACACGUACACACACACACACACAUACACACACGUACACACACUCCUGACCUGGACUACUUGACUCUAUGUAGCGUCGGUUUGAUUUACAGCAGCAACAAACAAGAAAAGAAGAGCAAUAGGACCGGAUGAGAUGCUGCCGUGAUGUUGAAAUGUGGCCCCCCCCCCGCCCCCCCCCCCCAUGUGUCUGGAGAAUAUUUGCCACGUUCCUCUGAUGGGAGACCUGAAAGCUGAGUUAUGUCAUGUGACCUCGUGACUGCUGCCACGGAGCUCAAAGGAACAUUGAUAUAUUUUUUGAAGCGAUCGUCAAACUUACAAUUCUCUCUCUCUCUCUCUCCAUAGAUCUAUCUUCUGUUUCUCUACAGCUAGGAUGUGAUACUCGAGGUUCCACAUUAAUGACCCCCAAACCCUUUGACCCCCUCAAAAGUGUCCAACCCCUGCGUUGAGCUCCCAGCGUGAGGUCCCUUUGCUCCCGUCCCAACGGUCUCCCACGGUAACGCGAGUGCUUUGGAACAUAUGAUCUCAAACCCGAUCGCAUCGACCUCCAUCCCGACUUCCUUUAAGAGUUACAUCUCGACCCGUUGCCAUCUUUAGACCCUUGGAACCCUCUGAUAGCCUAAGCCCCGCCCCCUCUCCGCCAUCAUGGCCUUGGAUCAGUGGCCCUUCCUCACGACCCCCCUGAACAUCUCCCUCCCCGAGCCCCUGCUGUACGACAGCUACAUCCAGGGCAACGAGUCCGACCUGGACCUGAACAUCUCCAAGACCAGGGAGCACCACCAGGACAAGACCAGCUCCAUGGUGAUCACCUUCAUCUACAUCGUGGUGUGCGGCGUGGGGCUGUGCGGCAACGCGCUGGUCAUCUACGUCAUCCUGCGCUACGCCAAGAUGAAGACGGUGACCAACAUCUACAUCCUGAACCUGGCGGUGGCGGACGUCCUGUGCAUGAUGAGCCUGCCGUUCAUCGCCCUGCAGCUGGCGCUGGUGCACUGGCCCUUCGGAGAGGUGCUGUGCAGGUUGAUCAUGACCGUGGACUCCCUCAAUCAGUUCACCAGCAUCUUCUGUCUGAUGGUGAUGAGCAUCGAUCGGUACCUGGCCGUGGUCCACCCGAUCAAGUCCACGAGAUGGCGGAAGCCCCGCGUGGCCAAGCUCAUCAACCUGUCGGUGUGGGGCGUGUCCCUGUUGGUCAUCCUACCCACGCUGAUCUUCAGUGGCCUCAACAAGGUGCCCGUGUGUGGCAUCGUGUGGCCGGAGCCCCAAGACGUCUACUACACGGCCUUCAUCAUCUACACCUUCUUCAUCGGGUUCUUCUUGCCGCUGACGGUCAUCUGUCUGUGCUACAUGUUCAUCAUCGUCAAGGUGAAGUCCUCCGGGAUGCGGGUCGGUUCCACCAAGCGUAAGCGCUCCGAGCGGAAGGUGACGCGGAUGGUGUCCAUCGUGGUGGCGGUCUUCGUCCUCUGCUGGCUGCCUUUCUACGUCUUCAACGUCACCUCCGUCGCCAGCUCCAUCAACCCCACCUCCGCCGUGAAGAGCACCUUUGACUUCGUGGUGGUGCUGGGCUACGCCAACAGCUGCGCCAACCCCAUCCUGUACGCCUUCCUGUCGGACAACUUCAAGAAGAGCUUCCAGAACGUCCUGUGCCUGAAGAAGGUGGCGGGCCUGGACGAGACCGAGCGCAGCGACAGCCGGGCGGACCGCAGCCGGAUGGCCCACGACGCCUCGAUCAUCAACGCCAACUUGGAGGCUCACAACGCCGCCCUGCUCAACGGCGAGCUGCAGACCAGCAUCUGAAGGCGAAGGCGGACACGUCCAGAGGAGGCCGAGGGAGGCGGGGCUUGUGGCGCUUGUGGCUUGUGGACUGAUGAGCCGGCUGCACAGAGCUACUGACCCCUGUCCAAAGAUCGAGGGGCUGGAGGAUGAGUCAGCUGCUGCUCAUGGACAUGGACACGAGAGAAGACGAUUACCUGAAGGCGGUUCAGAGGUCAGCAACACUACAUGAACCUCUUGAUGUGGGCCGAUGAGGCAACCGGAGCCGGUUCCACCCCCGAGGCGGCGCAAGAAACUGCGUUCAAACAAACGUGAUGAAUACGAAUGUUGUUCUUGCCUGUCAGCUCCAGGGGUUUCUAUCGAGUUUUCGUCAACAACAAAAAAUCGAAUAACAACAAGACUCAGGAGAAUGGACCGCUGUGGACAUCCAGAGAGCCAGAUCCGAGGGGAUUGAGCACUCCUCCGGUUCCGGAUUGAUUUCUACGAACGUGGAAAUACUGCUUGAGAAGUCAGCCCAAAAAAACCCAAAAAAACGCCAAGCACUGUUAUUCCAUGGAGACUUUGAAAGACACACAAUCAGAAGCCAACAAGCCAGGGUGAACAUCUUCAUCGUCAUGUGUUAUUCACACCAGCUGACUCCGUCAACCAAGCAAACCAGAAACAUGGCAAAGACCACGGAGGACGCUCUUUGGAUCCCCAAACCCCUCGAAGUGAACAUCCGGGAUUAUGGAUGGAAGCUGAAGGAUGCGGGGAAACCCCCUCGGCGGGCCGCUGUGACCUUUCUCCCUUUCACACGGCUUUGACAUGUAUAGCCUUCACAAUGGUUUCCAUCCAACUCCACUGUAUUAUUGUAAUGUAUUAGUGUAAUUAUUUGUGCAACCCAUCAUAUGUACGUGAUACUGGGCCUGAACAGUAUCCCUGCGUAAGUAAAGGGCCCAUGUUCUGCUUGUGAAGUGCUGUGUUUGGAAGGAAUAUGUGUCAUGUAGUUAGAGAGGGAGGGGGGGGGGGGGUGGAGAUACAUAAAAGGAGAUUUAGAUUAUUUAUUCUUGGCUUUAACGUGUGUGUGUGUGUGUGUGUACCGUAUCUACUGAGAACACGACACGAGAAAAACAAAGAGCUCAACCUGCAUCAAUAUACAACUAUGGAUCCUAUCUUUCCCAAGAUGCACCUGGAGAGUAUCUUCUGUCAGACCCUCCCAGUCUGUUAAAUGCAGACGUCUUACGCCACACUAUUGGUACUUUUAAAUAUAUAUAUAUAUAUAUAUAUAUAUAUAUAUAUAUAUACAUAUAUAUAUGUAUAUAUACAUAUAUAUAUAUAUACACAUAUAUAUAUAUAUGUAUAUGUAUAUAUAUAUAUACAUAUACAUAUGUAUAUGUAUAUAUAUAUAUGUAUAUACUGGUGUAACUCGAUACACAGAGUCUUUACGGCCGGACUCAUCACACAUAUCAACAAACAAUAUCAAGGGCACUUAUUGUUGAAAUAUGAAUUGUAUGCCAGUGUGAUAACGCACCUUUAACCUGUCAGGUGACCUUUAACCUGUCAGGUGACCUUUAACCUGUCAGGUGACCUGGACUCAAUGCAUCCAACGACUCUCGUGACAUCAUGGCUCUGGAUUACCGCGUUUAGUUUCCCUUUAGUUCACCGCUCGGUUCAUAUUGAAACGUCUCCAUGGCGACCCAGUGGACCGAGUAGUGACGCCAUCACAGCACCAAAGACUUCAACGGGCUCAUUGGGCCUCAUGACCUCUGAGUGACCCUGAGAUAUGCUUUAUCAUUCUGUGUAUCUGUCUGCACCAGAGCUAUUUAUAUCUCCAUCCUCUUUAUCUCCAUCCUCUAAAUCUCCAUCCUCUAUAUCUCGAUAUGAACACAACGUUCAUUUUGGGACGGGCUAGAGCGUGCGCCUCCCUUUGGAGGCUCCGUUCAACGUGGACUGUGGACUUGUGGUUCCUUCUGCUGUUUGUGUCUCUCAACCAAAAGCAGGUGGCGCACGCUGACCGGGCGGCCAUCUUCUUCUUUAGCAAGACAUACGCUCAGAAAAAGAAAAGAAAAAGGUACUUUUGGGUUCAGAUCGGCAACAACGAACGCAACUCCUGUAACUGUUGUUGUUGUUGUUGUGUGUUGUUAAAAUGAUUUAUACGAUACACAUUUCACAUCAUCUGAACUCCACAUUUCAGCUCCGGAUGUGUUUUUAUGUUCAGUGACUUUUCUCUAUGUGCCUUUCAACUUCUUGUAAAACGAUGAAAUCAACGAACAGCAAAACGCCAUCGGCCCAACGAACCAAAGGCACCGUGCGUCACGGAGAGUUUUCACUUCGAUAUUCCCCCAGAUUAUAUAUCUUGUGUUUUUUGUGUGGUGUAUAAUGUCAUAAUGUCAGAUGUUAAUGUGUGACUGUCCUAGAAUAAUCAUGUGAUCAUUGAUUGUAACGGACACUCCGAUGUCCUCGUGUCUGCGAUUAAAAAGCGGGGAUGUGCAGACGUAGCUUUUGUAGGAAUGCAGCCCCUGGAGGAACUCCAAAAUGUGAUCCCUGAACACACCACAGCAGAAUACACUGUGAUGUAUACAGAUGGUACCCGAGGGGACACUGUGAAUUCCAGCAUUUCUCCCGGGGCAGUGAACUCCCCACGCAGAACGCUUACAUCUCAUCAAUUAUUACGACACUAUAAAUAUACACGACAUCGCCGGAGGGACGACGCCGACGAGAGGAGAACGUAUAACGAGUUCAGCACCAAAAAAAAUCAUAUUUUUGACGUUUUAAGCAUUUUGUCUGUCGGCUUCUUGUUUUUAGUUUUUAGUUUUUUGAGAAACGAGACUUUUGAUUGGCUCACGUUUCAGACCCGGAGGUCGCCGCCUGCCUGGGGGUCAAGUGGUUGUGUUUAGACGGGUUCAAGAGGAUUAAAGUUAUUAUAAGAUGA